AUGCUAACUCUCCUCCUCUAUAAAUUUAUAUAUUAACUUUUUUUUUCAAAAUGUCUAAUUUGAAAUAAAAAUCAAUUUAAUUUGCACAAUGUAUUUUUUUAAUGCAAGCUACUUAAAAUUAAGCAUAAUUAGAUAGAGAUGAUAUUAUACUAAUAUAUAUUAAAAUAUUCUUUUCAUAAAAAAUUUUGUUCGCUGAUGAAGUGUGGGUUUUUACCCAAAAUAUAGGGUUUUUCCAAUGAUUUUGUUUGCUCACAGAGGGGGAGUAAGCAAAAGGAAGACAGAAAUAAAGUCAAGCCUGAAAUCCAAGCUUAUUCUACUAAACUCUGCACUCGCAUCAAAAGAUUCAUUUCUCCCGAACUGCAAACCUCCUCCAAUCAAAUAUUCAAGACCUAAAUCAUCUAGUUCCAAAUCUCCAUUUGAAGUGAAUGGAACUCAAAUUUUAACCCCUAUUAAGGAACCUCUUCCUCUUCAAUCCGCAAACUAUAUCGAAUUAUUAAAUCAUUCAUUAGUUUAUUCUUCAACGAUUUCCCACAGUGCCAAGUAUAUAGCACCGAUUUCUCGAUUUGAUUUAUCUUCAUGCGCAGAUGGAGAAUUUGUGCAACCGAAAACAAAAAGAGAUCGCUCUUCUUUUAGCAGUAACCUGAAAAGGAGAAAAAAAUCAGCAACUGUCGAUCAAGGCUCAUUUAUAAGAAGCAACUUUGAAGUUCCUAUUAAAGUCAGUCUUAGCAACAAAUCAGUUGGAAAUAUAUCAUUUACUACAAGCAAAUGCUUGCCUAAGUUUCAUAUAUUAAAGUAUCAGGAAAAUGCCCGUAGAAACACCGCGAGCUCGUUCAGCUCAUCUUCAUCUAAAUUUGCGGUUAAAAGAGUGAAGAUACCAUCUACGAGCAAUUUUGACUUGACUCCUGUAAAUAUUUAG